CUCAAAUGAUUUGAUCAAAGGAAGUGUUUUAUUUGGGAGGGUGUGCUCUACAUGCGUUUUGGAUUGAAUCUCUACGAAAUUUUUCUGCACGCGCGCAACUGUUGGAUUUGACGCUUUUUAAAUGAAACUUGAAAGAUUCAUGAACAAUCGUGCACCAUCUAAUAAGAGAUACCAGCCAACAGAAUAUGAGCAUGCUGCUAACUGUGCUACACAUGCACUAUGGAUCAUUCCCAGCAUUGUGGGCGGGGUCUUGUUAUACUUCUUGUCUGAUGACCAUUGGGAGGAGAUUUCAGCAUGGCUUUAUGGGGCAGGGCUAUCAAGCCUUUUCAUCAUUUCCACAGUGUUCCAUACUGUCUCCUGGAAAAAGAGUCAUCUCCGAUCAGUUGAACACUGCUUCCACAUGUGCGACAGAAUGGUGAUCUAUUUCUUCAUCGCUGCAUCCUACACACCUUGGCUGACACUGCGGGAGCUUGGUCCAUUGGCUGCCCACAUGCGUUGGGUUGUCUGGGUGAUGGCCUCUGGAGGAACUGGCUAUGUAUUCUUCUUUCAUGAGAGGUUUAAAGUUGUAGAGUUGAUUUGUUACACAGCAAUGGGUGUGUUUCCUGCCCUUGUCAUCCUCUCUAUGGCAGACAGGUCAGGUCUGUAUGAGCUGUUAGUUGGUGGCGGCUGUUACGUGUUAGGCAUGGUGUUUUUUAAAAGCGAUGGAAUAGUUCCCUUUGCUCACGCUAUAUGGCACCUCUUUGUUGCCAUGGGAGCGGGCAUCCAUUACUACGCCAUCUGGAAAUACCUGUACACACCUAUCAAUCAACAAACUAGUAUGGCCCGGUGACACACACAUGCAUGCACCAACCAACAAAAUUAUUGUAUAUAUUCCAGUUGAAACUAAAGUGCUAAAAAUUUACUUUUGUGGAAACAGUAUGAUUUUAUUUAAAAUUACAGAUAAAGGUUUUUUGUCUGUUCUUUUUGCU